AACAACAAGCAGUUAACCCGUGUCGCUGUUUUGUUGACCUAUUCAAAACCAAAGUUGGGGAAGUAAGAAACGAAGUAAUUAUAUUUUUUCCCCACAUCUACUCUCGUGCAACUUCUGAGUGAGUAAAAUAGAUUUACUCAAAAGAACAGCAUUAACCUGAAAUUAAUAUUUCCGAUGGUACGUAAACGCCUCAAUAGCCACUACAGGUUUCUCCGACGGGAAGAGGAUACUGAGUCGAGCUUUGUCUGUAACAACAUCAUAUUGUCAAAACAGCGGGGUAUUAUUUGUUUAUCAACGUUGGUACCGAUAAUUUCUCAAAAAUGCUCCAGUCUCUAGCCAGCAAUUCGUGCGCGCGUUUGAUCCAAACCCACAAAUCGACGUGGUAUUUUCUAUUUUUAAUUGUGGGCUAUGUGCUUUAUCUCAUAUUCGGCGCGGUCGUCUUCUCCUCGGUCGAGCUGCCUUACGAAGACCUGCUGCGCCAGGAGCUGAGGGCCCUUAAAAAACAGUUCCUCCAGGACAACGAGUGUCUCUCCGAGGAGCGGCUGGAGGUGUUUUUAAAGACAGCGCUGGAGGCCAGCAAUUACGGUGUUUCUAUUCUGAACAACGCGUCGGCGAACUGGAACUGGGACUUCACCUCGGCGCUGUUUUUCGCCAGCACGGUGCUGUCCACCACAGGCUACGGUCACACGGCACCGCUGUCCGAUGGCGGGAAGACCUUCUGCAUUGUUUACUCUGUGAUCGGCAUCCCCUUCACCCUCCUCUUCCUCACCGCUGUGGUUCAGAGGAUCAUGGUGUUCAGCACGCGGAGGCCGAUCGCCUACAUCCACACGCGCUGGGGCCUGUCCAAGCCCAUGGUGGCCAUCGUUCACGCCACCGUGCUGGCCGUGUUAGCCGCCCUGUGCUUCUUCUUCAUCCCCGCCGUCAUCUUCUCCGUGCUGGAGACCAACUGGAACUUCCUGGAGUCCUUCUACUUCUGCUUCAUUUCGCUCAGCACCAUCGGCCUCGGAGACUACGUCCCCGGAGAGGCCGCUAAUCAGAGGUUCAGGCAGCUCUACAAAGUGGGCAUUACCGUUUACCUGCUCCUGGGUCUGAUUGUCAUGCUGGUGGUGCUGGAGACGUUCUGCGAGCUGCAGCACCUGAAGCAGCUGAGGAAGAUGUUCUACCUGAAGAAGGAGAAGCCUCAGGACAGCCUGGUGAUCCUGGAGCACGACCACCUGUCCACCACCGUGUCCGACAGCAACACGAUCAGCGUUCAGGACAAAAACCAGAUGUUUGUCAGCGUCCCAACUGUGGUCUCUCCCAGCGAUGACCCUAUGAUCCAGUAAAUACCAUCAGAGUCACAAAAACAAACUAAAACAUGAAGGGAAGGGUUAACUCACGCAAAACUUAGAAGGAAUAAAUCACAGUUUCAGCUUUUGGCUUUUUAGACCUUAGUMACAGCUAAAAUUGAUUAAGGAUUUUUAGAAAGCUAUGUUUCCCUAACUGAACCAUAAAAACUGAUAAUUGUUAAGCAGCAGAGUGGAUUUACAUAGUAAAGGUCUAAUUAAAUUAAAUUGUAACAGCCGUUAUUGAUAAAAAAAAAAUGUCUUCUGCUGUAUUUAAACUCGCAAAGUUAAGCACCUUUAAGAGCUUCAUUAGUUAUUACAGUUAGGAUCAUUUAAACUAAUUAUUCUUUAAACUCUGACUGAAAUGCAGGAUAGUUUUCUGUUGUAAAAUAAAUGUUCAUAUCUUAUAAAUUUAGUAACUUGACAGGCAUUUGGCAUGUACUGUAUGUAUUAAGGCUGAUGUUUUAAAAGUGAAAAAAAAAUCUAAACAGAAAAAUCAAAUCUGCAAAAUAUGACAAAGUAUUUACAGAUAAAGUAUAACGCCAUUGUUUAUUAUUUUUUUGGACGUUUCUCUUAUUUAUCUGUCAGAGACAGCUGGAGAGCUUCUGAACAGGGAGCAGAGGCAGAAUGACAAGCAGCCAAGAGUCCCUGAUGUCAUUAAACCAGAGCUGCUGGGUCAAAGAUUCAACCAAUACUGCAUUCUCAUGAUGUUUUAUUWAAAAAAAAAAAAGACACUUUGUAUGGAAAAGUUUGCACAAUUUACUAGAGAGGAUGCAGUUAAUCAGUUUUUAAUUACAAUUAACUGGCUAAGAUCAAACAAUAACAGGGCAUUUUUAAAUCAGAAUUGCGGAAGCUGCUACAUGAAUAUGAUUUGUAGGGUUUGUUGUUUUGUGUAGACGUGGGUGAUCUUUGUGGUUUUCUGGUUGCACUGCACGCUGUCAGUGGGGGACAACAAGUAAAUGUGUCUGACCUCAACAUGCAGUACUGUUGAAGCGCCGUCCAUGUGUGAAGUGCUCUAACUUAUUGAUUUAUCGGAAUCGCUGGACUGUGUGAAAAGGGAGGCGUGGUACACAGGGACCUGCUGAAGGCUUGUUUUUACUGUACGUUAAAUUASUGCGUAGAACACGGUUCGUUUACAGAAACAUCAUCGUUUUGUUUAAAGGAAGGAAUGGAAACUUUGCCUGAGAGAGAAGUAGAUUUUUUUUUUACUUCCAAAGUCUUUGUCGUAGGUUCUGUUGAGGUUUGACACCUGCUGAAGAACUGUUGGAACUAUUUUACUGUAUUUACACGAUUUAAAAAGUCAACAUGUUUAUUUUGGAAAGUUUGCUCCAAAUAUGCGUCGAGCUGUAGCUCAGAAAACUUGAAAUGAUAAAUCCAAACUCCAGCUCUUAUUAUUUACUUCAACAGCUGGAAAUGUGUUAAUUAAACCACACAUUUAAGUGUUUAGAAUAAAAAUAAAAGGGAUAAAUUGAAGAAUUUAUUGCGUUGCAGACAAAUAACCAUUCGAGUAGUGUAUUAUACUUUAUAAAUGAAAACUUAUUUAAAUGCUCUUUAGUAAUUUUAUUAUAAAGCCUGGCAUUCCUAAUGAAUUUCAUUGCUAUGACAGUUGUAGUAGUUUACGUUCUGACCUCAUCUUUCUGUACUUUAUAACUCAAACAGUCUUUUUACAAUGUCUUGAAUGUAAAGUUUUUUGCUGUCUGUUUGAAGCAGUUCCUAUACAGCAUGUGAGCUGCGACCGUACAUCCUGACUACUUAAAUGAGCUCCGAUKGUGGUACCAUCUGAAGUGGUCGGCGGUCUUUAACACUCCAGUGUUAACAGGAAGUUUGUCACUCGAAAACCUUCUUAUUUCUCACAAAUUGCAUCAGAGAAGAUUGACACACGCCGUUGCUGAUGUAAUCCUGCAGCGCUGCUUGCUUUCAGGUUUUUAAGCUGCUCUUUUCACGCUUAUCGUUCCUGAUCAACUUCCUGCUUUGUUUUGUUUUUGGACCAAAACUGAAACAACUUGAGGGUUCUAUGGUAACAUUUCAGCCAUAAACUAUAAAAGUUAUCCUAACAAGUUGAAUUAGUGUUGCUUUAAUCUCAGUGUCAUUCAGUAUCUUGAUGUUAAGGGUUUGAAAUGUGCCUUUUGAACCUCCAAUAUACUUAAAAUCGUUUUCCCUCUCUUAUUUUCUACCAUUGUGGGCUUAUGUUCUAACUGUGAAACAUCGAUUCUGUCCAUUCUUUUAACUGAGAAAAUGAAAAACUUGCCUUUUGUAAACUUUGUCUCUUUUACUGUAAAACAUCUGGCUGUUUUGUAGCUGCUGUUUGAUUGAUUGAUUGAUUGUCUGUCCAGGUUUGGAUCCUGCGCAGUCGUCGCUCGUAGUUUUUCUUGAAGGCUGUCGGGGAAAGUGAUUUUAUUCAGGGAAUAAACUCUGAAGGAUUACCAACUGAACGCACGGCUGUUAUUUAUUUAUGCUGAGAAAACUGACAUGUUUGUAAUAUUUGUAUUUUAUUUUUUUUCUUGUACAUAUUUGUUUGUUCGUCGUGGCAUAUGCUGUACAUUCCAAUAUACGGUUAAGUAUUUUACUACUGUAAUAACAGUGAAGUAAAACAGGACUGUUACUGGGUACCAAGGCUUGACCUGAAUUUCAUUUCAGCAUAAGAAAAUACAUGAACUGUAAAAUGUAUGUCUGAAAUAAAACGUCAUUUUAAAUAA